ACAAACACCCGAACCGGCACACUCGCGUGCACACCAGCGCACGUAUACCCUCCCAGCAAGUGCCCUCACGCACACACUGCGGGGCAUACCCUCGCGCAGACCCCCACAUGCCGACGCCCAGACCCUGACGCGCCCAGCCGCCCGGCCCUUAGGUGGCUGGGUGCGCUCGCGCACGCGCACACACAGGCGCCCCCAGCGCGGCUCCACGCCCCUGGCCACCGCCGGGCUGAGCGGCGGGCGGGGACGCGGCGGGAGUGGCGGCGACAGGGAGAAGAGGAGGCGGAGCAGGGAGACCUCAGCCUGCGGGCCGGAGCUCCUCCUGCCGGCCGGGGAUUUUCCAGCCUGGGCGCAGACGCCGCGGAGCUCUCUGCGGGCCGCCGCGGACCAUGGGCGACAAAGGGACCCGGGUGUUCAAGAAAGCCAGCCCCAAUGGAAAGCUCACCGUCUACCUGGGCAAGCGGGACUUUGUGGACCACAUCGACCUUGUGGACCCUGUGGAUGGUGUGGUCUUGGUGGAUCCUGAAUACCUCAAGGAGAGAAGAGAGCCUCUUGCUCCCACAGUCUAUGUGACUCUGACCUGCGCCUUCCGGUAUGGCCGGGAGGACCUGGAUGUGCUGGGCUUGACUUUUCGCAAGGACCUUUUUGUGGCCAACGUGCAGUCCUUCCCGCCGGCUCCCGAGGACAAGAAGCCACUGACGCGGCUGCAAGAGCGCCUCAUCAAGAAGUUGGGCGAGCAUGCAUACCCUUUCACCUUUGAGAUCCCUCCAAACCUCCCCUGCUCAGUGACGUUGCAGCCAGGGCCUGAGGACACAGGGAAGAGUCUUUCCUCACAGGCCUGUGGUGUGGACUAUGAAGUCAAAGCCUUCUGUGCUGAGAACCUGGAGGAGAAGAUCCACAAACGGAAUUCUGUGCGUCUGGUCAUCCGCAAGGUGCAGUAUGCCCCAGAGAGACCAGGCCCCCAGCCCACGGCUGAGACCACCAGGCAGUUUCUCAUGUCUGACAAGCCCUUGCAUCUAGAAGCUUCCCUGGAUAAGGAGAUCUAUUACCAUGGGGAGCCCAUCAGUGUGAACGUGCACGUGACCAACAACACCAACAAGACAGUGAAGAAGAUCAAGAUCUCGGUGCGCCAGUAUGCAGACAUCUGUCUAUUCAACACCGCCCAGUACAAGUGCCCCGUGGCCAUGGAAGAGGCAGAUGACACCGUGGCCCCCAGCUCAACCUUCUGCAAGGUCUACACACUCACUCCCUUCUUAGCCAACAACCGAGAGAAGCGGGGCCUUGCCCUAGAUGGGAAGCUGAAACAUGAAGACACAAACUUGGCAUCCAGCACCCUGUUGAGGGAAGGAGCAAACCGAGAGAUCCUGGGCAUCAUUGUCUCCUACAAAGUGAAAGUGAAGCUGGUGGUGUCCCGGGGUGGCCUGUUGGGAGAUCUUGCAUCCAGUGACGUGGCUGUGGAACUUCCCUUCACCCUCAUGCACCCCAAGCCCAAAGAGGAACCCCCACAUCGAGAAGUUCUAGAAAAUGAAACACCAGUGGACACCAAUCUCAUAGAACUUGACACCAAUGAUGACGACAUUGUGUUUGAGGAUUUUGCCCGACAGAGACUGAAAGGCAUGAAGGACGACAAAGAGGAGGAGGAUGGUAGCGGCUCUCCACAGCUCAACGACAGAUAGGCUGGGGGCAGCUCUUCCUCCGGGCAGCUUCUGGUCCACUUGUACUAGGAUGCUUAUUUGUCUUCUUCCUGUUCUAGACCCUUUCCCCUUUGUUCUUCUAGUUUCCACCAGAAGACCCCAGUGGUCUUUUAGGUGCCAGUGGUAACCUCUGGCCUAAGGAUUGGGCCUACAUCUCCGUGCCAACAGGGCCACACUCACCACUUUAACCGCUCUCACAUGUCUCAUGUCUCCAACACCCCGCCCCCAACCCACCCCACUUCUCAUGCUGACCCUUGGAAAGGACACCAUGGCUCAGACCUUAGAAUUUUACUUGGGAUGUGGAGCAGAAAGUGAGGGAUGGGACAUGGAAACUGGUAGGGUUGGAGAGGGAGGCUUGACAUUUGGGAACGGAUGGCCACAGUACCAGGUGGUAGUUGACAUGGUUCUGGCAGCUAAAAGAUGGCCAUGUUGAAAAGCUCCCCCUUCUGGCUGAGAGGGGCAAACCUGUGGGUAGAGUCUCACUCAACUCCUUUUUGUAGUUUGGACACCAACAAACAUCUAUCCCCUUCUAUGCCCAGGCUCUCAUGGUGGCCCUCUGUGUCUGAUAAUGGCAUUGAUGAAGGUUGGCAGGUCUUGGGCAUGGAGAAAAGCUGCUGGAUCAACUUUCUCACCAGUCUAAGGCAAGGGUGUGAAUUAGCUCAAGUCUAUUUUGGUAGUGUCAGGAUGUCACAUCCUAGCUACCUUGUGUCAUGUGUGUCCUAUCUAUAAAUAUACAGAGAAAAAGAGAGAAAAGAAAGAAAUCUUCAGAAAGCACCAAGUCUGGGGCAGAGUGACUACCAGGGCUCAGCUGGUUGUGUGGGAUGAGAGAGUGACGAGGUCACAGUGCCCCCCCCCCACUUGAAGGGGGUCCUUCCCCAGAAACUGGCAGGUCCCACCAAGGUGCCCUCACCUAUGAGGAAGGAGGCUGGGAAACCUUUGUCUUCCUGAUGAUUCUCAUGGAUCUCAGUGUCGUGGGCACCCAGUUCCCACUGACUGAUGUGAUGGGGCUUGGGGCAUUUUCAUGGCAGCAGGGUUGGAAGAUGAAGAGGUAUAAAGUAUCACACAGUUCUGUUCUAGCCUUUAAUGCUGACUUAACUGUGUGGCCUUCAGCAACUUCUUGUCCCUCUUUGGAUUUUGCUCUUCAUUCAGAAAACCAAAGCAUUUGACCAUAUGUUUGUAGAGGGACCUCCAAGCUCUGGCUUCUGAGAAAAGUUCUCCUGAGAACUUUAGAACUCUGGGUCUGGUGUGGGGAGCCCAAGCCAUUGCCACUGGUCUGUCUGCCUCUGUGGCAUCAUUGAACUACAAAGGUGACAGGACCUUGGAGAGCUCCCAGUGCAUCUGCUCCAACCUGGGAAUGGCUUCUCCUGGGUCCUGCCUGUGUGUGUGUGUGUGUGUGGGGGGGGGUUUGGGGGGCGGUUCUGAUGGUAAGCUGUGGCCUUAGCCAUCAUGAGCUGCUCAGUCCUGGAGCCUGCGUAUUACAGAAUGAGAGCUUGUGCUCAAUGAGGCUUGAGUGGGAGCUUUUGAUAGGACUUUCAGAGCUUUACCUUUUGUCCAGGCUAAUAUAUUAACAGGGAAGGGGCUCUUUCCUCAACUUCUGCUCCCAUCUCUGCUCCACAUUAGUUUGAAAAGGGAGACAACAAAACAGUGUUCUACAUACUGGAUCAGAACCUUCUUCAGUCCCCCAACUCAGGGGAAACUCUGCAACUAUUUUUCAUGGUGAAAUUGCUUGGUUCACCUGCCUGGCACUGUACCUGACCCUUCUCUUCUGAAUGUCACGAAGACACAAUCCUGAAUGCCCCUGCCCCACAUCAGGACCACAUAGGAUUGGGGCAGUCCCACUCCCCUGGCCUCUCAUGGGGUCCCCACUAUAGGUGCCCCAAUGUCUGCCCCCUGCCUGAGCUUGCUGAGUGUUUGCAUCUCAUCUGGGCGCUAUAGCUGGUACAGUGCUGCCAGACCACAAGGAACACUCCCACAUUCCAGCGUCUUCCUCUGGGACUUUUGGGGCUGGUACAGACUUUUUAGUUUUGGGGGUGAUUAGCCCCCAACAAACCUCUCUUCCUACCCCUAACUACUAAAGGUAUCAAACAGGUUUCCUAAACUUCUCUCCAACAACACCACACCAUUUGGGGCUUAUUCCAGUGUUUAGAAUUUCCCCAUUUGCAGGAAGCAGCACAGUCCCAGCUGGACUUGGGGACACUGAAUUGCAGAGGAUCAGGGUCAAGUUCAUUUGGCUUCACCAUCCUUGGCUGACACAUCUCCACUCCAUGCCAAGCACUGGAGGCAUGACAAGAGGUCAGCCUCAGCCUCAGUCCUCAGGACACUUGUGGGCAGGAGAAAGUUUUGGGGGUGGGAGUGUGGAGUAGUGGGACUCACUGCCCUUGGGGCCACAUGGCUGCCUUGAUGUGCCUUGGUGUGAGUGAGAACACAGCCCCUCUCAGGCAGCCUCAGCUGAGGGGUGUGAGCAUCACUCAGUCUGGAGCUUAGGCCCCACUUUCCCCCCCAGGGGGGCACCCGUCACAGCAUGGGCUGCAGUCUGGAGGAGUCACCAGGCAUCAGGGAUUCCUCAGUCUCUCCCUGAGAUCCUCUUUAGUUUCCUAGCUGGCUCCAAACCUCAUUCUCCCCACAGCCCCCAUAUGUGACCAAGUCCUCUGCAGCACCCUUUCCUUGGAGUUGGGUGUGACUCGGGAGAGGAACUGAGGGUAGGAAGCUCUUCUAGACCCCAGAAGCCAGGUCACAGCACUGGCUCUUUGUGGUUUGACUCCAGGGGCCUCGAUGGUCUCUAAGCCCAGCCAGGUGAGUGUGGGCUCAAUUAGGGUUCAAGGUCAGCUGGAGAAGCUUGUUAGCUUGUGCAGCAGUAGGAAUGUUUGCUUAGGAGUCCUGAUGUCACUAACCAGCAGACAACUCGACUUGAGCCAGUCACUGGACCACUUGGUCUUGGUUUUCCAAGUUGAACCUGGCACAGUCAUCCCUCCCCUUCUGACUAAAGGAACAUCGAGGCCGGAGGAGCUGGGAGGUGGUUGGUGUGCUGAGAGCUCUCAACACCUUACAGUUGUAGUGGGGGAGGCCUCGUCCCACCAGUGUCCACCUCUGUCUCCCUUGUCACUCAGGCAGAUGUUGAUCAGGAGAAGUGGCCAGUUUCUCUUGGUGACUCAGCUGAGAGGGACAUUCAGAUGCUCUUUAGUAAUGCUGUGCCUGGGGACUGUGGACCUGACAGCCAGGACAGAAGAGGGGCAAGACAUAGUGUUGUCAGUGAUAUCCACACAGCAUGUGGAUGUGGAACAAUGCCAUCCCACUUCCCUGGGCCAGGGUCAUGGGAUAAUAGGGGCACUGUCAUAGGAGAAGGAGGGCUUCUGGAACUGUUAUCUGGAACUGGAACCUCUCAGGUCUGGUAUCACCCACACAUCCCAUCCCUCAGACUUCAGGAAGGCCAUGUCAUACCUGCUCUGAUGUUGCCAGCCCCCUGCCCCAGGCUUAACAGGUGAGACUGAGCCCACACCAUUCCAUUAAAGAACCCCAAAGGUGAGGUGAAAGAGAUGUGACUUGCCCCUUUAUUUCAUAGCACAAGGCCCCAUGGGAAAAACAGUCACUGCCUGUGCUUCCUGGUGACACUUGCCUAUCACCCUGACUGCUGAGCCCCACUUGACUUUUCCCUGUCCUGCCAGUGACUGGACAUUUCUACGCAGCCCAGAUGGGAGAAUCAAACUCCAGCCUUCCCUAAGAUCUCAUGGGCACAGGAUCUAACCUGUUCUGAUGUUUUUAUUAUUAAAGUCAAUAAGGACCAAAACAGACUCUCCUGCCCUUGUGCACAUUGGCCCUGCCAGCUCCAUCAUGUUGACCCCCCCGCCCCGGCCUCAGAUGGCACACCUCCGUUGCUCCCCUGCAGGACCACUUCAGGGAGAGGCCUGUGGGAGAGGAAACCUCCUCUCUUCACUACUCUUUCCCAACUCUUCACCCUGAAAGGGAAGUCAAAGCACAGGUCCCCAGGACCCACAGCACCUGUAAACACUCUGACACAGAUUUUUAAACCAGGUUCUGCAGAGCUUUGUCAGGGAGUUCUCAGGCAGGGAGGUGGGGGCGGAGGCUGAAAGAGGUCUCUGGCAACCCUACCUCAUUGCCAACUCCAAGGAAAAGACUCUGCUAUUAUUUGCCUCACCUUUUGAGGCUUAACCUCCACUCAUUCUUCUGAAAACAAACUUCUUCAAACCACCAUGCCAAUUAAGGUGUGAUCCUAGACCAGCAAACAUAGGUUCCAGUCUUGCUUUCCAUGUUGGAAUGGCUUCAGCAUUCUGAUGUAUCUUUAGUCUUCAAACUUGAGUCAGGAACCCAGACCCAGUCAUUUGCUUACACAUUUUCUUUCUUUCUCCUUUCCCUUUCUCCCCCACCCCUCUAACCUGAUAGUUUUGCAGCCCAUUCACCCUGAAACUCUGGCCCAGGUGCUCAGUGAGGCUGAACACAUGUGGUGUGGAUAUGGAGUAAAAGCAGGCCUGGCUCCCAUCCAGGACACGUGUGAAUCUCAGCGUGACACCCCAGCUUCCUGACCAGGCCCAUGGGAUGACAGGAGGAACAGUGCUAUAGGAGAAGACAGAAUUGGCUCCACUGUAGCCAGGUGAGGACAGUCCAGACAUAAUAAACACCAAGGGAGGACCUGACAGCCACUGACCCUUCUGUGAAGGCAGAACCUUCUAGAGCCUUGUAGGCAGCAAGUGUCCUUGGGUUGAGUUUAACAGGAUUAGCAAGCACAUUGGGGGAUAGCCAAGUCUAUGCCUGAAGAAAGACAGGCCCCUUCCCUAGCCCUCCAAGUCCUCUCUCCAGGAUAUCCCUCUGCCUGAGCCCCCCUCAAAGGUAAAGGGUAGGCACUUUGAUGAAGCCUGUAGGGGCUCCUGGCACUUGAAUCCUGCCAGACACCCCUCCAGAGCUUCCUAGACCAAAAUAGAAAGCCUGGGGCACAACAUACAGCAGAGCAUGAGCUACAGUGCCAACCAGGCCACAUACCCUGAAGUGCCCCAUGACCUUCCUUUCUCCAUGUGUGACACGAGGCUGGUGCCAGGCCCUGCCAGCUCAUAGGGAGUUCUGCCAAGGUCAUAGGAGGGGCAGGGGUGAAAGAUGAGAGCUUCACAAAUGGGGGUGUACCCAUAGCCUGAGCACCAGGUUAGCAGAGCUCUCAGGAGAUAAGUGACUGGUUCCCUGGGUAGGUAGGGGUAGGGACAUCUCUGCUCACAUUAAGGUCUAACCAUCGCUGGGGGUUGGUGCCCUCCACUGACCAGUCCUCAACCUGAUACCAUGACUGUGUGUGGGCUUCUGGGCAUGGACAAUGACUGGGUGGCAGGGACAGGUCUCCAGGGCUGUGGCCCUUCUGUUAAGUGGUUAUUUUCGUGACACUCAUUCCUGGGUCAUCUGCCAAGUUUAUUGUCUAUUGUACCUGUGGCAUUCUUUAUUCUGUCAGAUAAAUUAUCACAAUUUAUUAAGUUCUAACAGGACAAUUGAACAAAAGAAUCACAGGAGACUAUUAAAGGUCUUUUGUAACAGA